ACUGUCUAGUCAGUAGAGUUUUAGACGCGUUACCGGACGUUACGUAGGCGGCACUAUAAACGAAAAGUCGCUAAGGAAAUCGUGUGUUAAGUGAAAGUAAAAACGGAAAGAUUUCCAUUGUUGCAAGUGUUCUUACUUUACCAAGGAUCAUAGAGAGAUCUUUCAUAAAUAAAUCAAAAUCAUCGUAGAAUCUUGUGAUAUUGUGUGCUAAAUAUACUGCCAGUGGCUGGCAAUUAAAAUAUUUAAUUGCUUGUGAAAGAGUUAAUAACUAAGCUGUCAGCGGCGACCUUGGCAGUGUGGAAUAUAGAUCUUAAGAUAAACGCAAUGCAGAGUGUUUCGGUUUUAGGUUGUCUUUGCCUCGGCCUGAGCUUAAGUUGGGCCGAUCCCCAGUUGAAUCUGCCCACUCCCCAACCUGAGAUUUUCUACAAUGGAUACACACCAAAUGUGGCCACCACUCCCGCCCAGCUUCGAGCGGAUCGGGAUCGCGAUCAGCGCUAUGGACCUCCGUACUCCGAUGAGGGGAGAAGUGGCAAUACCGACGAUGGACUGGACGACUUUAGGUAUGGCCAGACAAAUGACGAACGCAUGAGGAUCGGAUACUCCUAUCCCUCGCCCCGCCAGAACUUCAGUGACUCACCGUUCAGUGGGGAUAGGUAUUCCAACCACAACUACGGCCCCGUUUCCAGUACUACCGAUCGUACCUACGGCAAUGAUCCCAAUCUAAAUAACCGAUACUCGGAUGUGCCCUAUUCGACUCAAGGAGAACGUAAUUUCAAUCCUAACGAUCAGUUCAACUACAAUAACAAUCCCAAUGUGGAGUUUGUGGGCAUCAACAAUCGCAAUCGCUUCGAAAACCCUUUCCUUCCGAAUCAGGAUCGGUUCAACCUGAAUCAAGGUUAUUUGGAACGUCAGCGGUAUCAGCAGGAUCGUCGUUAUCAACAGGAGUUGGAGAAACUGCGUAUUCUUUUGGUGGAGUCCGAUCAGAAAGGAUCGCUGGAGUGCACCGCCAAUGUGGCUGCCCAGUGGAAUUUCGAGACGAACGUCAACGAUUUUACCCAAACGGAAGCGCUUAAUGCUCAGCAGAGAUAUGUUGAGUUCCAGCGCAUCACUGCCGAGCAAUCCAAACGGAUCAACAAGGACCUUAUCUUUGAUCGACGUUUGUAUAGACAGCUGAUGCUGCAAUCUGAAGUAGGCCCCAAUGCUCUGCCUCUGGAUGUUUUGGACAGGUACAACCGACUGCUGAAUGAGAUGCUAUUCCUGUACAACAGCGCUGGGAUUUGUGCCUACCAGCAGCCCUUCCAGUGCGAUCUUCACUAUAUUCCCCAGCUGAAGGACAUCAUGGCCAAGAGCAGGGAUUGGGAUGAGUUGCAGCACACUUGGGUGGAGUACCACCGGAAAGCGGGACGUGGGAUGCGAGAUAGCUAUGAGCAGUUGAUCGACGUGAUGCAAGAGGUGGCCUAUGUGAAUAAUGUAACGAAUGGCGGAGAGUACUGGUACUUGGGCUACGAAUCGGGUAACUUUCGUCAGGACAUGGACAUUGUUUGGGAGCAGAUUAGACCGCUUUACGAGGGAUUGCAUGCGUAUGUUCGCCGGAAGUUGAGGGACUAUUAUGGUCCGGAUCGCAUCAACCGCAUAGCUCCAAUACCCUCGCACAUUCUGGGCAACAUGUACGGCCAGUCGUGGUCCAAUGUGCUGGACAUUUUGAUACCCUAUCCGGGCCGCAAGCUGAUCGACGUCACUCCGCGUAUGGUGGAGCAGGGCUACACGCCGCAGUUGAUGUUCCAGCUGGCCGAGGAGUUCUUCACCUCCAUUAACAUGUCCGCCGUGGGUCCGGAAUUCUAUCGAAACUCCGUUUUUGAGCAGCCCUUGGACAGGAGAGUCUUGUGUGAGCCCUCCGCCUGGGAUUUCUGCAAUCGACACGAUUUCCGGGUGAAAAUCUGCACCGACAUUAAUCAGCGCAGUCUGAUUAGUGUGCAUCAUGAGAUGGCACACAUUCAGUACUUCCUGCAGUACCGUCACCUUCCCAAAAUCUUCAGGAAUGGCGCCAAUCCAGCCUUUCAUCAGGCUGUGGGCGAUGCCAUUGGCCUCUCAGUAUCCACACCAAGGCACUUGCAGACCCUGGGACUCCUUCAAAGGUCCCUCGAUGAGUCCAGCUACGAUAUUAACUAUCUGUUCACAAUGGCCAUUGAUAAGGUGGCCUUUUUGCCUUUUGCUCUGUCUCUGGACAAUUGGCGAUAUGAUGUCUUCAGUGGCAAUGCGAAUAAACGAACUAUGAACUGUCACUACUGGAACUUAAGAGAAAAGUAUUCUGGUAUAAAGCCUCCAGUAUUGCGAUCGGAAAAGGAUUUCGACAUGGGAGCCAAAUAUCAUAUACCAGCAAAUAUUCCCUACAUCAAGUACUUUUUUUCCACGGUUCUGCAGUUCCAGAUCUAUCGAGGUCUGUGUCGCGAGUCUGGCCAGUACAUCCCAGGCGAUCCCAGGAAGCCGCUGCACCUGUGCGACAUUUACCGUCAGCCAGCGGCAGGCAAUAUUCUCAAAACCCUUAUGUCCAAGGGCGCCUCGCAGCCGUGGCAAGAGGUCCUUGAGGAGACAUUGAGGGAUGGUCGCCUGGAUGGCAGUGCCCUCCGUGAAUAUUUCGCUCCUCUUGAGGAAUGGCUCCGUCAGGAGAAUCUGAGGACGAAUGAGUAUGUGGGAUGGAACUACGAUGGCGACUACUGCAAACGCAGCAUCGAGACUGCCGGUCUGCAGAUCUUUGGAGGUUACUACAACGGUGGCAUGGGCCUAGGAUCAUCGAUUUACCUGUAUUCUCUGACCUUGUUAACCAGCUCUUUUUUGAGCUUACAAUUCUUUUGAAUUCCCAGUAUUGGCGAGCCUAUGUUAAGAGCCCCUAAACAAACAGUCAGACAAAAUGUUGUUCCACUUACUACUUCCGCUUAUUCAAGUCGCACCUAUAACCAAGUUGAACUUGAAUCAAUGCCAAAAAAAUACACACACAAUUCUAAAAUUAAAUAAACGAAUAAUAAAAAAAACGCAAAUCUGACAAAUUGCCCGACAGGCUGCACCCUAAAAAUUGCAACAAAACAGAUAAUAAAUGUAGAAGAUUGAUC